AUGGGUGUCCUGGCUUCCAUGUUCCUACUGCUGGUGUUCAUGGCCACCACAGCCCAGGCCAAACCUGUGAAGUUCAAGGACUGCGGUUCUGUAGUUGGAGUUGUGAAGGAGGUGAAUGUGGUCCCAUGCCCUGUACAGCACUGUGAACUGCACAAAGGACAGACCUGUAGUGUCAAUGUCACGUUCACCAGCAACAGUGACUCUCAUAGUAGCUCAGCAGAAGUAUUUGGCAUCCUAAUGGGUGCUGAAAUCCCCUUUCCCAUUCCUGAGUCUGAUAGUUGUAAGAGUGGCAUCAGCUGCCCCAUCCAGAAAGACAGGACCCACAGCUUUCUGAAUGAACUGCCAGUCAAGAGCAUAUACUGGUCUAUAAAGCUGUUGGUGGAGUGGAAACUUACAGAUGACAAGAAACAAAAUCUCAUCUGCUGGUAA